AUGGCGUGCGCGCCGCGGACAGAUGGGAAGCACGAUGCGACCAAGACGCACGUCGAGGCGGCGAUGUCGGAGACCGCGCGUCCUGCGAUGCGUGCAUUGUCGGACGUCGUGGACACUUGGGAACGCUUCGCAAAUGCAUUGUCGCCGACGCCGCCCUUCUCGCCUCGCCUUCGUCUCGCGGCGGUCGUACGGUCGCUGGUGGUUGCGAUGACGAUAGUAGCGUCGGCGCUCUUCGUGAAGGCGACUACUGUCGGCGUUGGGUUUGCCAUGUUCGGGCAGCCGAUCAUGACGCGUUCGGUGCACUGGAUAACAACACGUCACCCCAAUUGGAGGGAGGCCUUGGAGCUUAGGAAGUACGUGCAUGAUGCUGGCUUGUGAAUAACUGGGGACGCGAUACGCUGAUGCCAUCCUCCACCACCAUGCAUCGGCUCCAACGCACGACGAGCUCAGACGUCUGCUCCUCAAGCAGUCGACGCCAAUGCCAG